UCAAGGGUGUGGAUGCGCCCGGCGGUUUGUUUGGAGGUCUUCUGGGUCUUCGGGUAAGGUGGGUGUGGUGACCGCAAGGCGAUGAAUCACUCGAUCGAACAGCCGCCUGUGCAGCCUGGCAAACCAUGCAGACGCGGAGGGAGGGCAUGACACCGACCGCUAGUGGCACUGUGUUGACGUGAUGUGUGCAUUCUGACCUAUAGCUGAGCUGCAUCUUGACGAGAUAGUUGUGUACGCCCUGCAGGAAGGAAAGAGAGGGAAGCAGGGGAUAGCACAUACAAACCCUUGAGUGUUUGUCUGGGUGUGGCAUACCCGCAGGCGCCUUGGGAUCGAUGUCAGUGACAAGCACAGCUACUCAAUUGUUCUGCCAGAAUAGACGCACACACGAAUUGGUCAGCUGUCGUCAUGUGUGUCCCCUCCUCGGCUCACCAAGCGAAACGUGUGACCUUCGCCCGUGUGUGCCAU